UCCGCGCACCGCCACCCACUGUGGGAUUGUCCAAAACCCUCUGGGCUCUUCUCUGUUGGAACUGUUGCCAUGGAGACCACUGAGAUGCUGCAUUUACCACCGGCUUCCAACUUAACUUCCAGAUAGAGAUUCCACACCCAAUGGACCACAGGCCUGUUUUUCUGGUUUGCACCUCCAGGGCAAUUUGCAUAUUUCCCAGAAGAACCAUCCAGAAGCUGACAGCCUCUUUUCAGACCUAGGGGGAGGCCAUAGUUGUUUUUUGAAAUCUGGGACUGGAAAUGGCCACAAGGGACAGAUCAAGCCGCAGGCUGCAUCAGGAGGCUGAGCCAGCCAUGGAGGGGGACCCACCUCUGCCCACGGGUCGGGAGUUGUCCGAGGCCAACCGCUUUGCCUAUGCUGCCCUCUGUGGCAUGUCCCUGUGCCAGCUAUUUCCAGAACCUGAGCAAAGCUCCUUCUGCACAGAGUUUGUGACGGGCCUGACAAAGUGGCUGGAGUUGUCCGAAGCCGUCUUGCCAACCAUGACUGCUUUUGCCAGCGGCCUGGGAGGCGAAGGAGCUGACACGUUUGCUCAGAUUCUAAUGAAGGACCCCAUCUUGAAGGACGACCCAUUGGUGAUCACUCAGGACCUGCUGAGCUUCUCACUCAAGGAUGGGCGAUACGAUGCGCGGGCCCGAGUCCUGAUUUGCCACAUGACCGCCCUCCUGGGAGUACCCUUAGGGGAGCUGGAUCUCCUUGAAGAGACGUUCCUGGAGAGCCUGAAGGAAACCAAAGAGGAGGAAUCCGAAACGGCCGAGGCGUCCAGGAAGAAGAAAGAAAACCGGAGGAAAUGGAAGCGCUAUCUCCUGAUAGGCCUGGCGACUGUGGGAGGCGGGACAGUGAUCGGGGUGACCGGGGGCCUAGCUGCCCCUCUUGUUGCCGCCGGGGCCGCAACAAUCAUUGGCAGUGCCGGAGCGGCGGCUCUGGGCUCGGUGGCAGGCAUAGCUGUCAUGACCUCGCUGUUUGGUGCAGCUGGAGCCAGCCUGACCGGAUACAAGAUGAAGAAGCGUGUCGGGGCCAUUGAGGAGUUCACAUUUCUGCCUCUGACGGAAGGCAGGCAGCUGCACAUCACCAUCGCCAUCACGGGAUGGCUGGCGUCUGGCAAAUACCGCACCUUCAGCGCUCCCUGGGCUUCCCUGGCACGCAGCCGCGAGCAGUACUGCCUGGCCUGGGAAGCCAAGUACCUGAUGGAACUCGGCAACGCCCUGGAGACCAUCCUCAGUGGGCUUGCAAACAUGGUGGCCCAGGAGGCCCUAAAGUACACAGUGUUGUCUGGCAUUGCGGCUGCCCUGACCUGGCCUGCUUCACUCCUCACUGUCGCCAACGUCAUCGACAACCCCUGGGGUGUGUGCCUCCAUCGAUCAGCAGAGGUUGGCAAGCACCUGGCCCAUGUCCUGCUCUCCCGGCAGCAGGGCCGGCGACCUGUCACUUUGAUUGGCUUCAGCCUGGGAGCCAGAGUCAUCUACUUCUGCCUGCAAGAGAUGGCUCAGGAGAAAGAUUGCCAGGGGAUCAUCGAGGAUGUUGUCCUGUUGGGUGCGCCCGUGGAAGGAGAAGCCAAGCACUGGGAGCCCUUCCGGAAAGUGGUGUCUGGCAGGAUCAUCAAUGGCUAUUGCAGGGGGGACUGGCUGCUGAGCUUCGUGUACCGCACGUCCUCGGUGCAGCUCCGCGUGGCCGGCCUGCAGCCCGUGGAGCUGCAGGACAGGAGGGUGGAGAACGUGGACCUGUCCUCUGUGGUUAGCGGCCACUUGGACUAUGCCAAGCAGAUGGACGUCAUCCUGAAGGCCGUGGGCAUCCACACCAAGCCGGGCUGGGACGAAAAGGGGCUUUUGCUGGCCCCAGGCAGCCUGCCUCAGGAGGAGCCUCGCCAGACAGCAGCUGCCGCCUCAUCAGACAAGACCACCUACCAGGAUGGGCAAACCCAGGGUCCCGCCCCCAGAGACGCCUCCAAAGCGUCCACACCUGCUGACCCCAGCCACGCCCAGGUGCCAACGGGGCUGGGCCAGUCCGAAGGGGCCUCCCUUCCUGCUGCUGCCUGCCCUGCCGAGAACCGCCAGAUCUGCAGCCAUGGCCUGGGCCCCAACCCACUGGGCUGCCCCAGCUGUGCCAGCGAGGCCCAGGGGCCCUGCCCAGGGCUGCACUGACCCCAACAGGACUCGAGUCAUCUUCCCAGAUCUCCACAUGCGGGGCUCUUUUACGCCCUCCAGCAGGCUCCCCACAGGAGCUCUGAACAAUUCCCACCAGUGCCUUUCCCAGAUUGAAGGCUUUGCGGUCGAAAAGCAAGGAAUUGAAAGGUAGGGGGUUGUAGGGAGACGACCCCCUGGGAAAGCAAGGCCAGAACCCUGCAGAGCCAACCAAGCAUAGCCGAGAGCCCUGGGACUGCCAGCCGUGGGCCUCCGGUACUUUAGGGCACAGCCAUGGGGUCUGGCUCUCCAUCAGGAGGUCUGGGGGCUCUCUGGGGCCUGAGGCUCCCACCCACCGCUCUCCCCCGCCUCAGUCCAGCCCGGUGUCUGCCGGCUCCCCCAUCCACUCCAGGGCUCGCACCAGCCCACAGGCACCUCUGAUGCACCUAGAGAGCAGGCGCCGGUAGGGAGCAGGCCGCUCACUCUGCUUGUGGGAGCUCUGAUCAGACCUGCCAUAUACGGCCUCGUGGGCUGUGCACUGCACGGCGACAGGGGCAUCAAUCACAUGGACGUGAUGUGGAGGGCGCCCCUCAAAAUUGUGCUGCAUGGUGGCCCUGGGAGUCAUUGUAACAGCACAGCGAGGAAAUGCUGAAUCCUCAGGCGGUACGCGUGGGAGCUGGGCCUGGGAGCAGGAGUGGAUUCCACAGGGCAAGGAUUUCCUGGAGCGGGAGCAGAGGUGAUGAUGAUUGUAAAAAUAAAGGAUGGCUAGCACCCCGUGAGUACUUA